GGCCUCUCGCGAGAGGCAGACGGGCUGGUUCCUCAGAGGGCUCGGCGGGUUGCCGGCAAGUUGUUUCUGCUGCGGCAUCAUGGCGUCAGUGGGGACCCUCGCCUUCGACGAGUAUGGGCGCCCUUUCCUCAUCAUCAAGGACCAGGAGCGCAAGUCCCGCCUCAUGGGACUCGAGGCCCUGAAGUCUCAUAUAAUGGCGGCAAAGGCUGUAGCAAAUACAAUGAGAACAUCACUUGGACCAAAUGGGCUUGACAAGAUGAUGGUGGACAAGGAUGGCGAUGUGACAGUGACCAACGACGGGGCCACCAUUCUAAGCAUGAUGGAUGUCGAUCACCAGAUUGCCAAGCUGAUGGUGGAGCUCUCCAAAUCACAGGAUGAUGAAAUUGGAGAUGGAACCACAGGAGUGGUUGUCCUGGCCGGAGCCCUGCUGGAGGAGGCUGAGCAGCUCUUGGACCGUGGUAUCCACCCCAUCAGGAUCGCCGACGGCUACGAGCAGGCCGCCCGCAUCGCCAUCGAGCACCUGGACCGCAUCAGCGACAGCGUCCUUGUGGACACGGUGGACACCGAGCCCCUGAUCCAGACGGCCAAGACCACGCUGGGCUCCAAAGUGGUGAACAGCUGUCACCGGCAGAUGGCCGAGAUCGCGGUGAACGCCAUCCUCACGGUCGCAGAUAUGCAGCGCAGAGACGUGGACUUCGAGCUCAUCAAGGUGGAGGGCAAGGUGGGCGGGCGGCUGGAGGACACGAAGCUCAUCAAGGGUGUCAUCGUGGAUAAGGACUUCAGUCACCCCCAGAUGCCCAAGAAAGUGGAAGAUGCCAAAAUUGCGAUUCUCACGUGUCCGUUUGAACCACCUAAACCAAAGACGAAGCAUAAGCUGGACGUGACCUCCGUGGAGGAUUACAAAGCCCUCCAAAAAUAUGAGAAGGAGAAAUUUGAAGAGAUGAUCCAACAAAUUAAAGAAACUGGCGCUAACCUAGCCAUUUGCCAGUGGGGCUUUGACGAUGAAGCAAACCACUUACUUCUCCAGAAUAACUUGCCUGCGGUCCGCUGGGUGGGAGGACCUGAGAUCGAGCUGAUCGCAAUCGCCACCGGAGGACGCAUCGUCCCGCGGUUCUCCGAGCUCACGGCUGAGAAGCUGGGCUUUGCUGGGCUCGUGAAGGAGAUCUCGUUUGGGACGACAAAGGACAAGAUGCUGGUCAUCGAGCAGUGCAAGAACUCCAGGGCUGUCACCAUCUUCAUCCGCGGGGGGAACAAGAUGAUCAUCGAGGAGGCCAAGCGAUCCCUCCAUGACGCCCUGUGCGUCAUCCGGAACCUCAUUCGUGACAACCGAGUCGUGUACGGAGGAGGUGCCGCAGAGAUCUCCUGUGCCCUGGCAGUCAGCCAGGAGGCAGACAAGUGUCCGACCCUGGAGCAGUAUGCCAUGCGGGCGUUCGCUGACGCGCUGGAGGUCAUCCCCAUGGCCCUUUCUGAGAACAGCGGCAUGAACCCCAUCCAGACGAUGACUGAGGUGCGCGCCCGACAAGUGAAGGAGAUGAAUCCAGCGUUGGGCAUAGACUGCCUGCACAAGGGCACCAACGAUAUGAAGCAGCAACAUGUCAUAGAAACCUUGAUUGGUAAAAAGCAGCAGAUAUCACUGGCAACACAGAUGGUUCGAAUGAUUCUGAAGAUAGAUGACAUCCGUAAGCCUGGAGAAUCGGAAGAGUGAAGACACGUUGAGAAUGCAGCGUGGCAAUGUGAUCACGCCUGCGCUGCCUUGAAGUAGAUGGGGGCCCGUGGUGUAUCUGCAGCUGCUCGUCAUCAUUUCCUUUUUCAGGCGCUGUUAGAUAACCGUAGUUUCGCUCAUUCGAAGACAUAAUUUUAGGGACACUGUCUCAUAAGCUUUUGUAUUUGUUCCAUUAAAGGGAUCUUUAAACAGCC